UGACGGAAGUAGACUUGGAAGUACCUUUGUCAUGCCCAGCAAAACUACAGCGUCAUCACGCCCUCAGGUGAGGGAGAUGAGAGGACGCCGUGGGAUUCACUGUAUGAAACUCUAGAGAAGAACUUUUUCCAAUUUGACUAUUUCAUCCAAGUCGCCAGAAAAAAAGCGCCUGGAUAUACUGAGACGAACAUAAGGAGCGCACUUUUCUGUUUGUUGUCUGUUUCCUGAAGUAACAUGAGUUCUGCCGCGUAUGAACAUGGAGAGAAUGGGCGUCAUGAGCAGGUCACCUUCCUGACGAAUGAACAGAAGAUGGCAAAAUCACGAAAGACGAGCAUUGCCGUGGGGGUCGUCGUUUCCCUGCUGGUAGUGGCUGCAGUGGUCGGAUUUCUCGUGUGGCUUUUUGUUGUCAGGAGCAAAGAAUUAGAGUUAGAAUCCACAUCUAAACAAUACAGCCCAUCCACGCUGGUUUACAGCGGACAAAUUAAGCUUCUCAAACCGGAGUACAGCCCAGUAUAUGAGAACCCUGAAAGUACAGAAUUCAAACAAGUGGCAAAGGACCUGGAAGAAAUUAUGAACGAUACAUUCACCAGAGAUCCUUUACUUUCCAAAUACUAUACCAAGUCUGUCAUCACUGCCUUCAGUGAAGGAACCUUAGCGUAUCAUUGGUCUCAGUUUGACGUUCCUGAGAUGGACAUGGAGAUCGUCCCAGAGCUGACAGAGCAGCGUGUGAUCGAAGCUCUGCAGAAGAGCAUCCGACAGGAGGGCAAACGGUUCGGGAGCGUCGCAGUCGCUUCCAGCGACAUCACUGCUUCAUCCACAGACCCUCGGAUGGCCAGGGACCCCAGAUCCAAGAAAUGCUUUUACAGUCUUAUGGCUGAAACUACCAGCAAAGAAUUCAUGUCUCCUGAACAUCCUAAGAACUACCCAGCUAAUUCCCGAUGCCAGUGGCAGAUUCGUGCUCCUAAAGGCUAUGCCAUUAUUGUCAAAUUCGGGACCUUCCACAUUGAGGAUGAUUGUGCCAAUGACUAUGUGGCCAUCUUUGACUCUCUCAGUCCUGACAGCACUUACGCCAUCACAAAACAGUGUGGACUUCGCCCUCCUACAAAUCCUCUUGAGGUUGUUUCUUCUGGUAACAUCAUGCUUGUCAACCUGGUCACAGAUGAGACCCGGAGACCAGGAUUCAAAGCGGUUUACACUGCCAUUCCUGCUACGACUGCAGGGAGCUGUGGAAAACAACUGACUGCUUCCACAGGAAACUUCACCUCUCCUCAUUUUCCCAGUUUCUACCCUCCUUUGGUGGACUGCAACUGGAACAUCAAUGUUCCUGCUGGCAAAAAGAUAAAGAUUGAUUUCAGUAUGUUCCGUGUGAAAGAGCCGGGGGUGGACACUAGCAGCUGUCACAAAGACUACAUCGAGGUGCUGGGAAAAAAGUAUUGUGGGGAGAGACGUAGACUUGUGCUCUCUAGCACCGCCAAUACCUUGGAAGUGAAGUUCCAUUCAGAUGAAUCCUACACUGAUAAGGGAUUCAGGGUUGUUUACACCGCCUUUGACCCUGUAAAUCCUUGCCCUGGUCAGUUUGCGUGCACCUCAGGCUUCUGUAUCAAAAAAGAACAAGUCUGUGACGGGUGGAACGACUGCGAAGACAUGAGUGAUGAGAGAAAAUGCAAGUGUGAAGAGGAUCAGUUCACUUGCAGUAAUGGCCUUUGUAGGCCUCAGUUCUUUGUGUGUGACCGAGUGAAUGACUGUGGUGACAACAGUGAUGAGCAACAUUGUGAUUGUGGCAAAGCUGAGGGAAGGUGCGGGGAUGGCGCCUGCAUCCCACAAGAAUUUAUAUGUGAUGGGAAAAAUGACUGUGCUGAUGGCAGUGAUGAGGUCUCCUGCGUAGAAUCGGCUGGUAUCUGCAAUGAUUUCUCCUUCAAGUGUAAAAACAAGCAGUGUGUAAACAAAGUGAACGCAGAGUGUGAUCGCGAAGAGGACUGCUCAGAUGGUUCGGACGAACAGGGUUGUGACUGUGGAGUCCGGCCAUUCAAGCACAACCGUAUUGUGGGUGGGCAGAACGCAGAUGUGGGUGAAUGGCCGUGGCAGAUCAGUCUACAUUUCAAGACCAACGGACACGUCUGCGGCGCCUCAAUCAUCUCUAACAAAUGGUUGCUGUCCGCUGCCCACUGCUUCAUCCAGCCUAGUGCAGACUACAAAAUGACAGCCAACUGGCAGACAUACAGUGGUCUGCGGGACCAGAACAUCCAGGACACUUCUGUUCAGAUGCGCACUUUGAAGACCAUCAUCACCCACCCAAGCUACAGUGAAAUGACCUAUGAUUAUGACAUCUCCUUGUUGGAACUGAGCCAGCCAUUGAACUUCAGCAACACCGUGCAUCCCAUCUGCCUUCCGGCAUCAACCCACGUAUUCUCGGCCGGCAGUUCCUGCUUUGUUACGGGCUGGGGCGCGCUCCGAGAGGGAGGAAGUACCGCAACAAUCCUGCAGAAAGCAGAAGUAAAGGUGAUUAAUGAUACGGUAUGCAACAUGGUGACCGAAGGUCAGGUGACCUCUAGAAUGAUGUGUAGCGGCUACCUUACGGGAGGUGUGGAUGCUUGUCAGGGAGACUCGGGCGGGCCUCUUGUGUGUCGUUCCGAUGCUGGCAAAUGGUUCCAGGCUGGCAUAGUGAGCUGGGGAGAAGGCUGCGCUCGGCGGAACAAGCCUGGCGUCUACACGCGUGUCACCAAACUACGGGAGUGGAUCCGUGAAAUCACAUCCGUAUAGUGGAGCCUGGACCUGCAAUCAUACGACAACCAAAGAAGAAGAACAGAAAUGUUCAGCGCCAUGAAUAUUUAGUACAGUAUGUGAGCCGCACUCGCACAAUCAAAAAGUGAAUACAUCCAUUGUGGGAAAAUUGAAAAUUUGUUUUUUUGUUUUUUUGUAAUAGCAUUUUUAUUCAGUAUGACUAUUCGGUUUUUCAUAGCUGUAUCAAUCUAAAGACGACUCCAACUUUAGUCAACCAAAUAAAAAGCUUCAUAAAACACAUGCAGAUACCACUAUAAUGAGGAUAUAUAUCACUGUGAUGUACUGUUACACUCAUUUUCCAACUCAGUUGUAGUGCUUUCAUUUGUUUGUAUCCGAUUUCUUGAACAGUAACUUCAUAAAUGGCACUUUAGAGAUCAAACUGUCCUAUAAUGCGACUGCCAGCAACUUACGACCUUGUGGAAUUCAUGUUGUUAUCUUUCUGAAUGAUGUUCGGUUUUAAAUAUUUUUACUUAUGCUCAAAACGUGCCUUUCUUCCAAAGACUGGUCCCUGACUCUCCUCAGAAACGAUGACUCUUGUGUUUCAGACUUUGGAGCGAGCUUCAGUCCCUACAUUUUUUUUUUUUUCCUUUUAGUGAAGGUCAAACGCUUUUUUGCAAUCUAGAAAUUUCUGUAAGCAUCCCACUCAGGCUGACCUUCUUUCCUCACAUCUGUGUGAUCUCGGGACCUCGGUGGCAAAGCUCGAAAAUGGAGGAUUAGGUAAAAAAUAGGAUAUUACCGUCAUCCAUUUGCCAAUACAACCAAGGCCAGUAUAGGUCACUCACUUCUGCUGCAUGUUAAAGUUCCAGCCAAUCAAUGUCAAAGCAGUUGGCUGAAACAACCUAGCAGGAUGGUCUCUGCUUCAAAGAGACCCGAACGUAUUGAGGAAUCUAUAACGCCGGAUCCUCAAAGACUUGGCAAGUUUCUUUCCCAUGGAAAGUCCACUUGCUUAGUAAGAAUUUCAGGCUUUGUAGCGUAGUGACUUAAUUUCCCAGGAGGUACAAGAGACGUAAGCUGUAUUUCGAGAGAUGUCAAGCAAUAGAUGCUAUGUUUAUGUACUCUACUCGAGUUUUAUAUAGCAUCAUGAUGUAUAAUUUUACUUGUCAUGGGCUUCUUAGGCUUUCAUUUUUAAAUUGUAAAAAUUUCAAACAGCUUUUUAAAUGGUUAAACUAUAAUGAUUGUGAAUGGCUUUAUGUGUAUGGGUGACUAACAUUUGUAAAUAUUUUACAUGCGGAUUACUUGUUGGUCUUUUUCUGUUUAGUUUCAUUGUGUUUUAUAUUUUAACACUGUGCAAAUGUUUUAACGUAUUCAAAUUUCCUAAGAGAUUACAAUGUAUAAUUGACAAUAAAAUACAUUGUCAUA